AUGAGAAGCAAAUCCAUCUUAGCUGGUGUCGUUAAUGUUCCAAUUGAACCAACAUCAAAUGUUGACUCACGAACGACAAACAAUAUUGUCAUAAAGAACUAUAGUUCAGAGUGUUUGAAAGAAAAAGAACCAGAACUUAAGUCGGGACCUUCGGUCUUGGAGCAUGGCGCCGUGAAUUUAAACACAGCUUCAAACACUAACGCUACAUCAGAUGUUAAGUUAGAGUAUCCACCACUGGAUCAAAUUCUUUCAAGAGAAGCCAACGACAACCCUUACACAAAUGUUCAAACAAAUCCUUCAGAUAACGUAGACCAUUCUUCUUCAGUUAUACCAAACAAUUUUACUCAAAGACGAUAA